GCGGGCAGCGAAAACAAACGGAACUCGGUGUGAAUUGAUGACUGACAUUAAAACGACGAGCGGAGCCGAGCCGAGCUGAUCCGAGCUGGCGUUUGCUUUUUUGUGACACCGCGUUACAGGCACGCAAACUGAGACGGACCCGGGAAUCAUGGAGAGAAAGAGUGUUCCUGUUAAGUGCAUUCUCAACAAGCCUCAGAUAGUCCGCAGUCUGGGCAGCAGCAUCCACACAGACAUGAAUGCCAGCCACUCCCGGACUGGACGGUCACUGCUGACCAAAGUGCAGCACAGCAGGCACAAGCAUCUCAACAACAACAACAACAGCAGCAGCAGCAGCAACCACCAUCAAAUCAGGGCCAAGCCCGAUUUAAACACAACACUACCAGUUCGACAGACUGCGUCCAUCUUCAAACAGCCAGUGACCAAGGUCACAAAUCACCCAAACAACAAAGUGAAGAUGGACCCACAGAAAGCUGUGGACCAGCCUAAACAGUUGUUCUGGGAGAGGAAGUUGAGUGGAUUAAAUGCAUUUGACAUUGCAGAGGAACUGGUCAAAACUAUGGAUCUUCCCAAAGGUUUACAAGGUGUUGGGCCUGCCAGUUCAGAUAAAACCCUGCUUUCUUCCAUUGCCAGUGCACUACACACCAGCCCUGCACCCGUCACUGGACAGCUCACUGCUGCAGUGGAGAAAAACCCUGGAGUCUGGCUCAACACAGCGCAGCCUCUUUGCAAAGCCUUUGUAGUGACUGAUGAGGACAUCAGGAAGCAGGAGGACCUGGUGCAGAACGUGAGGCGUCGGCUGGAGGAAGCCCUCAUGGCUGACAUGUUGGCUCAUAUAGAGGACAACGCUGCAGGUGCAGCAACCAGCAAAGUAGAAGAGAAGGUCAAGCCUGAGGACAAUGAGAUUUUAUAGCCAAGACCUGAUGUGGCAUCUGCUGGUAAACCUUUUUCAGUUUCAAAUGUUUGGCUCCUGGGGGAUUUUCUGUACACUUCUCAGUGAAGUAAACCCUUAACACAGACAUUUUUCAAAUUUGGUAACCUAAACAAAGACCUUUUUGUUGACUUUUUCUACAUUCGACCAUGUUACCCUGAGCGGGUGCUUUAAGUUUUACUUGUUUUUUAAUGUUUUAUCCUAAUGUAUGACCGAUGUGUUUGGUGCUCAGUGCAGUGCAAGCUAAAUUCAAGGUAAAACACUGUGUGUGUGUGUGUGUGUGUGUGUGUGUGUGUGUGUGUGUGUGUGUGUGUGUGUGUGUGUGUGU